AUGAAGUCGGAUGAAGUUGCUGAAUCUGCGGGAACCAUCCCGUCUAUCCCCGAUCCCUCGCUUCCUCUCAUCGACUCCUACACCUACCACUCGCCAACCCCCACCGCCCCUGGUCCUUACUUUCUCGGAGUGGAUGAAGCAGGCAGAGGUCCUGUGCUUGGUCCUCUUGUAUAUGGUGUAGCAUACUGUCCGCUAGCCUACAAAGAGCAGCUCGAACAGCUAGGGUUUACCGACUCGAAGACCCUCACUGCACAAGUGCGCUCGUCCCUCCUAGAGACUCUGGGGUCUGACCCGGUCAACCUCGGCUGGUCUGUCCGCGUCCUGAGCCCCAAGGACAUCUCCGCCGGGAUGCUCAAGCGCCCCCCAACGAACCUCAACCAGCAGUCGCAAAACGCGACCGUGCUCCUCAUCCGCGAGGUCCUCGCCAGGGGCGUCCAGCUCUCCGAGGUGUACGUCGAUGCGCUCGGCAGGACGACGAGCUACGAAGCGUACCUCUCCUCCCUCUUCCCCGACAUCGCAUUCACCGUCCAGGCCAAGGCAGACCUCACCUUCAAGAUCGUCGGCGCCGCCAGCGUCGCCGCCAAGGUCACGCGCGACGCGUGGAUCGACGGCUGGGUGUACGAGGAGCGCGCGCCCGGCAAGUGGGCGCAGGAGACGGGCAGCGGGUACCCCUCGGACCCCAAGACGCAGGCGUGGAUCAGGAGCUCGCUGGAGCCCACGUUCGGGUACCCCUCGUUCGCCCGGUUCUCGUGGGCGACGAUCAAGGUCGCGCUGGAGAAGGACGGGCAUGCGGUGGAAUGGAUCGACGACGGCCAGGCGUCCUUGGUGCAGGCCUUCACUGGCGCCACGGGGCGCGACAAGGACCGUUGUCUGGUCACGAAAGACCUGUGCCUCAGCAGCGUCAGCACGCUGUAG